ACUGAACAACGGCAACAAAACAACAACCACGAAGGCGGUGAAUUAAAUUACGGCCGACACGAUCUGUCACGCUCUCGUUUACAAGCGACGUAAUCUGUGUGCGUAGUGACUGGCGGAGAGCCAAACGUGCCGUUAUUUUCCAUUCAUUAAUCCGUGGGAGAUUCCUCUCCCUAUGUUACAUAAAGUCCUUGCGCGAACACCUUCUCCCGUGCCACCACGAUAUCGACGGCAUUGCGUGAGACCCAGGAGCGCAUUCGGGGGGGAUAUUGGAGAUAUACAUACAUACAUACAUAUGUAUGUAGAUAGAUUCCCAACAAAUUGUUUAAUACUCCUAAUAUUUAGACAAAAUCCUGAUGUUAAUUUCAUUCAAGAAAGCCCAAAAUGUAAGAUAUCCCCCCAAAACCUAAAACCGCCCCUGGUAAAUAUUGCAAUGUGUUGGCACUCACAUUUGUAGGCUGCACUCGUCGCACCAACAGGUGCUUUGCAGCCAAGACUGCAAUUGUUUUCGCCCCGUCCCGCUCGCUCGUCUGAGGGUAAAUAUCCGUGCGAAGAAAUGCUCCCCGAAGCUUAAUAAUUUUGCAUCCCGCCGAUGGCCAUUUUCGAAUUUAGAUUCUGCUCUCAUCGCACGGCUAGUUUCAGUGCAACGUUCAACGCAAGCGAGAAGCGACAUCGAGAUCCUCAUAGUACCCAACCCCACAUAUCACAGGUCGAGAUUGCCAUGCCAGGCCCACUGCUGUGGAAGAACCUCAAGGUACUCGUCACCCGAUACCCGAUAAUGCGCGGCAUGAUAUCUUACAGCCUGAUCUGGCCCACUGGCAGCCUCAUCCAGCAGACAGUGGAGGGCAGGCGCUGGGGCACCUACGACUGGUGGCGCGUGCUCCGGUUCAGCAUGUACGGCGGUCUGUUCGUGGCUCCCACGCUCUACGGCUGGGUCAAGAUCUCCAGCGCCAUGUGGCCGCAGACGUCGUUGAGGACGGGCGUCAUCAAGGCGGCGGUUGAGACCAUUUCUUACACCCCCGGUGCAAUGACCUGCUUCUACUUCAUCAUGAGUCUGCUGGAGUCCAAGACGGUGGAGGAGGCGGUGGCCGAGGUCGGCAAAAAGUUCCUUCCCACCUAUAGGGUAUGUUUGUAUGGAGUCCGGUGGAAAGCGGUUGUGAGAAGCAUAAAUGUAUAUAUUCAAACCCCUGAACUUCUCCCAAAAGGUGGCACUGUCCGUAUGGCCAUUGGUGGCCACCAUCAACUUCACCCUGAUCCCCGAGCGCAAUCGAGUGCCCUUCAUAAGCGCCUGCAGCCUGUGCUGGACCUGCUUCCUGGCCUACAUGAAGCAUCUGGAGCACCACGAGGUGGAUGGCGCCAUUUAGAAGUCGUAUAGUUUAAAAGUAGAAUAGUCAAUAAAAUAAAAUAAUGUAAUUUGAAACUCUACAAUAACUGUGGUAAUUCUCCCAAGGUCGCAAACGGCCACACUGGUGUCAUCGAUAGUUUAGUACGUAUUGUCCGUUAAAAAUUAAGA